AUACACACACAUUAAAGCAGCACAAGCCAAUUAAACUAGCCACCGGUAGCAUUAAGCUAUUAGCUCUCGCUUCAGUUUGUUGGUUGCUAUGGUAACCGUAAUCGGAUAGCUAUCGUUAGAUGAGGUAAAGCUUAGUUAACAAACAAUGGUACAAGUUUAAACGGGUUAAAAAGGACAUUAUAAUUCCCCAAAUGAACGCUCAAACAGACCGUUUGGUGGACAACCUUAUAGAAGAUGAAGCUGAGAGAGAGACUCUUCUUGCCAAACCCACCUGCUUCAUUAUAGUCGGGAGACCGGGUGUUGGAAAAUCCACCUUGGCCAAAAACAUUGCAGAGUCCUGGAAAUGUAUCUUAAUCGAUGAUACAGAUCUGCUCAACACACACAUUAAAAAUAAAACAGAGCAAGGCAUAAAGCUCUUGAAUGUCUUAUCUGGUGGAGGAAGCAUACCAGAAGACACGGUGCUCCAGCUGAUUCUUGACAGACUUAACUCACCAGAUGUUGAGCACUAUGGGUAUGUUCUGAGCUGCCUGCCGUUCUUGUCAGAAGAGUGUCUGAAGAUUCAUGAGCAGAUUGAGCUGAUCAAAAACCUCAAACUAACACCUGAUUUCAUCAUCAACAUCAAGUGUGCAGACAAGGACCUGGUCCAUAGGCUGUCUGGUCUGAAGCAGCACCCAGAGACAGGGCAGCUGUACAACAGGGAUCAGUGGCAGCGUAAGGAGGUGUUUAACAAGAAGAAGGAGAACAGGGAUGAGGAAGUGGAGGAUGAGGAGGACCAGGCUGUGGAGGAGGAACUCCAAAAGGAUUUUAUUGACCAGAUGGUGUGGACACCAGAGAACUUGCCCAGAAAUGCCUUUCAUAGAGUCAACAUGUACAAGGAUACCAUGCUCAGACCACUGGAGGACUACAUGACAGACCACAAUCUCCUUUACCUGUUGGAGCUUGAUGGAAACAACACACCUGAAGAGCUGCACUUGUCUGUUAUGACCCGUCUUGGAUCCAUGGCAAUAAAGCGUGUCUCCAUUCCUGUCCUCCUUCCCCAGACUGAUGAUGAAGAAUUAUCAGAAGAUAUUGACACGGAGAACCUACUGAGAGUAAUGUCCUCCUCCAGGCCAGUUGCCCCAGGCUUUAGAUGGAGAAGGAGCCGCUGGGGCCGAACUUGUCCUGUUGCUCUGAAAGAGGGCAAGGUCAUUCCUGGCAUGCCUGAAUUAAGUGUGGGCUUCCAGGACAAAAUGUACAUCCUCUCAUCUCAGGAGGCUUACCAAAAAUUUAUCACAAACCCCCGCCGGUACUUACUUCCUCCAAUGCCCAGGCCUCCUUGCAGAGUUUCCAUCAUUGGACCUCCACAAGCAGGGAAGAGCACUCUAUGUAAGCUUGUAGCUCAGCACUACAAUGCACUGGUGCUUGAUGUGGAGGUAUUGGUGCAGCCCGUUCUGGCUAAGGUUGAGCAGGAGAGGCUUGACAAAAUCAAAGAGGAGACAACACAGGUCGCUAUAGAGAAUGUAAAGAGGAAGAUGGAGCAGGAUGGCGGACCCAAGUCGGAUGAAACUGUAGAAGUGACAGAGGAUCAUCCAGAGGUACAAGCCAUGGUCCUCAGUGCGCUGGAAGAAGCUAAACAUAUGAGCACAUCUCCCUUUGGCCUGUAUGCUGAGGUACUGGAGACGCGUAUAAAAGAGAUUGAAGAGGCUGACACUGAUGCAGAUGUCAGGACUGGCUGGGUGCUUGACAACUUUCCCAAGAACUUUUCCCAAAUGGAUGCCUUACAGCAAGCUGGAGUCCUGCCAGACAUCCUCUUCUGGCUCAGUGACAGUGAUGGAAAUCAGGUUCUGAAGAGAUUAUACGAGAUGAACAAGGAGAGCGUGGACAAAGCCGUAAGGAAGAGGUCGCAGGACGAACAAUCUAAGAAGGAGAAAGCGGCUUUAAACCAGAAGGCGCAAGAAUCAGUGGUAGAGGCCCAGCCAGCAGAACUGCAAACGAGUCUAAAGACAGUUGUCGAAGAGACUGAAGAACAGUCUAAUACAACCAGUCCUGGACAUCCUGGCGUAAUCAAACAGGAAGCUGUGGUUCUACCUGAUCAUUGGGAGUUAGGUUAUCCAGAUGGCCCGGAGAUGAAUGACUAUAAACUGCAACUGCAACAGUUUGUGACCCAAUGGGAGCAAAUGCAGUCCGCUUUAACUGUUGCCCACUCAGAACUAGAGAUUGGGGGCAAAAGCCCAGAGGACCUGCUUCAAGAGAUAGUCCUUCAGAUAGAGAAACCCUUUAAUUAUGUGUCCUGGGAGCUGUCAGCAAUAGACCUGGAAGAGGAGUCAGAAGAUAUCGAGGCCUUAACUGAGCUGGAGAGAGCUGAGGAAGGCAGCAGUGACAAUGACACAGCAGAGGAGGAGGAGGAUGAACAGGGGGACACAACAUCCAAGAGAUUAUUUGGCGAUACCCAUCAUUUCUGCCCUGUGGCCCUAAAACACCACAACGUCCUCUUGCCCUGUAUGGACGAAAUUGCAGCCAAGUACCGCGAGAAGACCUUCUGCUUCUCCAGCGUCAAAGCUAGGGACUCCUUCCUUGAAAACCCUGCACACUUUGUCGCACAGACUGGGCCUCUCAAGCCUCCUGCCUUGCGGAUCUUUUUGCUUGGCACCAGAGGGUCAGGCAAGACCACGCAUGGUGAGUGGCUCAGCCAGAAGUUUGGCAUCUUCCAUAUUCAGUUCAGGGAGCAACUCCAAAUGCUCAUCAUGGCCAAAACAAAGGAGCGGGUUCCUUAUGCUGACGAGGGUGAGUCUUCAGAGGAGUCUGAGGACUUGGAGGCCCUGAUAAAGGAAGCUAGGGGGGAGGACGAGGAAGAGACGGAGGACACCUCUGACAACACGAAUGACAUAGAGCAGGAAGUGGUACUGACUGAUGAGGAAAAUGCCAUCAAAGCCUACCUGUCUGAUGGAGAACCCCUCAGUCCACACAUCCUGGAUAUGGUUAUUAGACCGUACUGGAAACAGGAACCAUACAAGUCUACGGGUUUUAUUUUGGAGGGCUUCCCUAACAAUCCCGAUGAGGUAAACUACAUGUCGCAGCAACAGCUUUUUCCCGACCUUGUGGUAAUCAUGGCGGUGGAAGUCUCGGAUGUUCAGAAGCGUCUGUUGCCUGCAUACCUGGAGAAAUGGCGUGAGCAGCGCAACCGGCGUGAAGCACAGCUGACCCUCCUUCGUGAUAUACGCAAGAAGAACCGGGAGGAGAACAUUGCCAAGAGAAGAGCUGAACUCAUGGCAGAGCAAGGCGAUAAGGCAGACCAAACAAAGACCGGGGAUCAUGAGGAUGAAGAAGAUGAUGAAGAGGAUGAAGCUGCAGGCAACAUUGAGGAAGAGGUAGAGGCCAUGCUGGAGGAGGAGUUUCCUUCAGAAGAGGAUAAUGAAUAUGCGGACAAUGAGGAGACUGAGGAGGCAGCGUCUGAGAGGCUGGAGAUGGAGAUAGAAGAACGUUUUGGGACAGAUGAAACCAACUUAACUACUCUGACGGAGCUCCUGACUGAACAAAACAUACCAAAAAUGUCAAUCAGUGCAUCUCGCAAGAUCCGGAUGGUGCAGCAUCAGUUGCUCCAGAAAAUCCAGCCCCUGCUGUCCAACAGGGAGUCACUCUUCCAAAAAUGCCAGCCCGUCUCAUACAGCCUGGCACUUAAGCUGCUGCUCUCCUCUUACAAGCUCCAAAGUGCCUUUGGCUGCUGGGACCCCAUAAAGCAAUACAAAGAGAGAGAUUUGAUCCAGCCUCUGCAGUGGCCUCUCAAUACCACAUUUCCUCUCAUCUUCCAUCAGUAUAUCUACUUCUUUGCAUCAAAGGAGAACCGCAACACAUUUAUGCUGAACCCCUUGAAGUACCUUAGACAGCCAAAGCCCACCCCAUGCCUUCCUGUUAAAAUGGCUGUUGUUGGACCACCUAAAUCAGGAAAAACGACAAUGGCACAGAUGUUUGCUCAGAAAUAUGGCCUGGCCCGGCUGUCCAUCGGCAGUGUUGUACGUAUGGUGCUUAGCACCCAGGAGCACACUGAUCUAGCUGUCCACAUAAAAAAGCAUCUCUCCCAGGGAAACAUUGUGCCUGAUGAACUGGCCAUUCAGUGUCUAGAGGUGGCGCUUAUGAGUUCAGUAUGCAGCACUCGAGGGUAUGUGUUGGAUGGCUUUCCUCAGACACUUAAGCAGGCAGAGUUGAUGGGGUCUCGGAGCAUCAUCCCAAUGAUAGUAGCUGAGCUGGAGCUGGACACAGUGGAGGUGCUGAAGAGAGGCCUUGUGGACAAGAUGAAGAUCAACAAGCCUCACCCUAUGCACGACAGCUCCGAGAUCCUCCACAUUCGUAACUCAUGUUACAAGCAGGAGGUGGAGCAUGUGAGGCAACACUUCCAGCAACAAUAUCAGAACUGGAUCCAGCUCGAUGGGUUAAAGAGCAAAUGGUGGAUCUGGAACAGCAUUAUAAAGGAGGUCAGCAUCAGCAUGAAAUAUAUCCACAGCUACCUGGAGAGGAUGGGCAGCAGGCAAGCAGCCUGCAUCAACAGACUGUGCAUCACACCCAAGGAGCUGCAGUAUCGGCUUGGAGAGUUUGGCCAGUACUGUCCCGUCUGCCUGGCUCUACAGUACCACCUGGUGGACUGCUCUGAGACUGCAGUCUUAACUCAUGCUGCUGAGCACAGGGGACGCUAUUACAAGAUGUGUGGCGAAGACCAUUUAGAGCGGUUCCUGGUCACUCCAGAUCAGUUUGUGACUCCUAGCUGCCCACGCACUCUCCCAGAACCCCACCUGCUGCCCAGAAAGAUAACUGAGAGUCAGGUGAAGAAGAGGUUCCCACAGCAAGUCGAGAUGAAAGGCUUCUGCCCGGUCACUUAUCUGGAUGGGAGGCGAAGGUAUGAAGCUCUGGUUCGAGGAAAGAUGGAAUAUGCUGUGGAAUACAGAGAACGGAUCUACAUUUUUGAAACCAAGGAGAAACAGGCCAAGUUUUUGAGGAUUCCUGAAGCCUACUGGGACCAGAAGCUGCCCAGUAAAGUUCCUCCUCUCUGUGAGCCUGUACCCCUCACUUCCCUUCCAACGUUGGGCUACCUGGAACAGGGUGUGGCAGUAGCAGUCAUCAAGGCCAUGACAGCUGUUGGGUGUCUCAAACCAAAGUAUCCCUUCCUCAGUAUACAAAGAUCAGCACUUCUCUAUGUGGCCUUCUAUCUGAAAGCUUUCAACCACAAGAGCACGGACUACACCAGCCAGAAGUACAAAAAGAAACUUGCCUUGUUUGAAGAGAACUGUGCACUCAUUCCAUACCUGACCUCAACAAUGAGAGGGAACUACAGGCCUCCCAGUGAACGUCCCAUUGACUUUGAGUUCAAACUGAAUAGGUUCCUGGCUUUGGGAGACUCGCCAGGAGCCAGCAGUGUGCUUUAGUUGACCCUGUUUUGAAAAACCUUGACUGCUGGUAGUUUAUGUUGUGUGAAGAACUGUGUGACAGCAAAGGGAUUUUAAAGUAAGCUGCUGUAAGAGUGUAAUAAAGCAUCCUUCACGAUUUGUUUUACUUAUCCAUAAAAACGCAUUGUCAACAAUGAA